AACCGCGUUAAAGUGGUGUCCGAGAGUCCGGGGGGAGGUCGGUCCCAGCAGACUAGCAGAACGAGCAAACCCCUUCCUUGUUAAACAGAUAUCCGUUUAUUAUUAUAAAACCGAAAAAUAAAAGAGUUCCUCUGUUGCUGAACUUCCAUGGCGUUUCACCCUUUUUAAUUCUUAGUUGUUUCAACUCUCAAGAUACUGAGUAUCAAAAGCAACCAAGAAUAUCUGCAGAAAUGGAGGUGAUUUAAGUCCAGAGCAAGCUCUGCAUUCUCAUUUUUUCCCUCUGGUGGGUCCGCUGCUUCUCUGUAAAUUACACCUUAAGCUACAGGCUGGAAAGGGCUGUUCGAGUUGCAGUGAAGCUUCAAAGGACGACUCUCUCAGUCCUAUGAGUGACAUUUCAUAUCAUGCCAACUGGGUUUUCUUUCGGAUCUAACCAGAAUCGCACAAUAGGUAAUGUUCCCUAAAGAAUCCGAGACUUGUCUCCUUUGAACUCUGAUUUUGUUAUAAUGUCUCCUUGGAGCUCUCUGGGUGUAGAACUCAUUCAGAGAGAUCCAGGAUUCUGAAAAUCUGUGAUCCCACUGGUUUUUUGGAGAAAUCGGCUUAUGAGAAUCCGUGCUAUUUGGAUGCCUGGGUUUGCUUAGUUUGGGCUUUCUGGAUUUGGUACCUGAGAUUUUGGUGCUUUGAUAGCUCACUAUGCAACUUCUGAAUAUUUGAGAAUAUAGUCCAGCAGUUUCGUUUCCUUUUUAGGGCUUUAAAGAUUUGAUUUAAUGGAAAUGGUGGAGAUGGAAACGAUGAGAUGGCUGCCUCUGAUUCUUUCUGUUCUUCUUGUUUUGUUUAACCUCCACGGCUCCUUUGCUGCAUUUUCUCCUGCUGAUAACUACUUAAUUGCUUGUGGUUCUCCACAAAAUGUCUCCUUCCAAGGUCGGACUUUUGCUCCAGAUUCAGUUCAAUCUUCUUUCGUAUUGAAGGGUCAGGGAAAUAGCGUGGCUGCUACCUCCAGUUCUAGUGUUCCUUCCCCAAUCUACCAGUCCGCCCGAAUUUUCGCUUCUACAGCUUCCUACAAAUUUAAAAUCCAGCAAGAGGGCCGUCACUGGGUACGUCUCUAUUUCUAUCCUCUUCCUGAUUCUGGCCACAACCUAGCAUCUGCCACGAUAACUGUGAUUACAGACGAUUUUGUUCUAUUGAAUAACUUCAGUUUCGAAAGCUACAAUAGUUCCUAUCUUUUUAAGGAGUAUUCAAUCAAUGUGACCUCCGAUACUUUGACUCUAACCUUCAUACCAAUGAACAACUCGGCCACAUUUGUCAAUGGGAUUGAAGUUGUUUCCGUCCCUGAUGUGUUGAUUCCUGACCAGGCACUGGUUCUAUUCCCCUCAUCCCCCUUUAAUGGUCUCUCUGAUCUUUCCCUCGAGACUGUUUUCCGAUUAAAUAUGGGGGGUCCUUUGCUCACUCCACAGAAUGACACCCUUGGUAGAAUUUGGGAGAAUGACAUGAAGUACCUCCAUGUGAAUAGCUCUGCUGUGAAUGUGUUGGUUAACCCUUCUACGAUAAGAUAUACCAUGUCUGUCACAUCUGAAAUUGCCCCCAAUUGGGUUUAUGCCACUGCAGAAUCCAUGGGAGAUCCUAAUGUUCCCAAUCAGAACUUCAAUGUGACUUGGGUUUUCCCUGUGGAUCCGAAUUUCAUGUAUUUCAUCCGGUUACACUUCUGUGACAUUGUGAGCAGGACUUUGUACGACCUUGUGUUCAAUGCUUAUAUCAACUCUGACACUGCCAUUUCUAGCCUGGAUCUAUCAACCCUAACUGGAAACUUGGCUACACCUUAUUACAAAGAUUUCAUCUCCAACUCGUCUAUCGACUCAGAUACUAUAACUGUUAGUGUAGGCCCAGACACAAUGGCAGACAUAACUGGUGCAAUUUUGAAUGGAUUGGAGAUAAUGAAGAUCAGCAAUGAUGCUAGAAGCUUGGAUGGGUUGAUUUCUGUUGAGGGACUAUUGCCCAAGUCCUCAAAGAACAGCAAGAUAGGGAUUAUAGUUGGAGCUGCUCUGGGAACUUUGGCUACUGUGGGUUUGAUAGCUUUUUGUUAUUGCUGCUUGAUAGUCCAUAGGUCAAAGACCACUCACCAAGGACCUUCUUGGCUGCCAUUACCCCUGUACGGGAACUCUCAAACCAUGACCAAAGUCUCCACAACCUCUCAGAAGAGUGGAACAGGAAGCUGCAUAUCAUUAGCCUCGUCAAACCUUGGUCGUUUAUUCAUGUUCCAAGAGAUCAUGGAUGCAACCAAUAGGUUUGAUGAGAGCUUGCUUCUUGGGGUGGGUGGGUUUGGUAAAGUCUACAAAGGGACACUUGAAGAUGGGACCGAGGUGGCUGUCAAGAGGGGAAACCCAAGAUCUGAGCAAGGUCUUGCUGAGUUCCGGACUGAAAUCGAGAUGUUAUCCAAGCUUCGCCAUCGCCACCUUGUCUCUUUGAUUGGCUACUGUGAUGAACGUUCAGAAAUGAUACUGGUUUAUGAGUACAUGGCAAAUGGACCUCUGCGAAGUCAUCUAUAUGGGACAGAACUCCCAUCUCUCUCAUGGAAGCAAAGGCUUGAGAUUUGCAUUGGAGCUGCUAGGGGGUUGCAUUAUCUCCACACUGGUUCAGCUCAAAGUAUAAUUCACCGAGAUGUGAAGACCACCAACAUUCUAUUGGAUGAGAAUUUUGUAGCCAAAGUUGCUGACUUUGGCCUUUCAAAGACAGGGCCUGCUCUGGAUCAGACCCAUGUGAGCACUGCUGUGAAGGGUAGUUUUGGAUAUCUUGACCCCGAAUACUUCAGAAGACAACAGCUUACGGAGAAGUCAGAUGUGUACUCAUUUGGGGUGGUUCUGAUGGAAGUCCUCUGCAGCAGACCUGCUCUGGACCCUGCGCUUCCAAGAGAACAGGUUAACAUAGCAGAGUGGGCGAUGAGCCAGCAGAAGAAAGGCAUGUUGGAUCACAUCAUAGACCCCACUUUGGUAGGGAAGGUGAUCAAUGCAGCAUCUCUCAAGAAGUUUGGCGAGACGGCUGAGAAGUGUUUAGCAGAGUAUGGGGUUGACAGGCCUUCAAUGGGAGAUGUAUUGUGGAAUCUUGAGUAUGCUCUCCAGCUUGAGGAAACUUCAUUAGCACUUACAGAGCCAGAAGAUAAUAGCACAAACCACAUCCCUGGUAUUCCAAUGACACCACUUGAUCCCUUUGAUCACAGUGCAAGUAUGAUUGAUGGGGUCAACGCAGGCACUAAUGAUGAUCCGGAAGAUACUGCCACCAGUGCUGUCUUUUCCCAACUAGUAAAUCCUCGGGGAAGAUGAGAAUGGAGAGAAGGCUCCAAUCUUGUUCUUGGCCGUGGGACUGGUAAAAAAAUGGAACUGGUGCUCCUGUUUUGGUUUGUAAUGUAAUGUAAUUCAGUUGUAGUAGCCAAGAGUUGAGUAGAAAUUCUGCCAAAGUUACUCUCGUUUGGAAGUUUACAUUGUUUUGGUUUUGGUUUUAACUAAGCCUGGUUUCAGUUUCCAAUGUGGCCUUAAACCAUUUCCUAGAUUUUGAUUGUAAAUUUUAUUUCACAAUGAUAAUGGGAAAUAAGGAACGGCUUAGUCUGCCACUGCAGCAAUUCUUACCAAA